AUGUGUGGACGCACAGCCUGUACCCUGGCACCAGACGGCGUUAGCAAAGCUUGUGAAUAUCAAAACAAACGGGGAGAAAGAAAGUGUCCUGGUUGGCGGGAAGGCGAUUCUGACAAGUACAAGCCAUCAUACAACAAAUGUCCCCAGUCCAACAGCCCCGUCCUCCUGUCCUUGAAGCAUUUCCAGAAGGAUGCUGACUCAUCAGAGCGAGUUCUUGCCGCCAUGCGCUGGGGUCUCAUCCCUUCCUGGUUCACUGAAAGCGACCCCUCCAAAAUGCAGUACAACACCCAGCAACUGCCGCAGUGACACCAUGGCUCAGAAAACCUUGUACAAGGGGCCGCUCUUUAAAGGAAAGCGCUGUGUAAUUCUAGCAGAUGGAUUCUUUGAGUGGAGAAGGCAGGAUGGUGAAAAGCAGCCAUAUUAUAUAUAUUUCCCGCCAAUUAAAGCUGAACAGUCUUCAGAUGAGGAGGGUUCUCCUGAUGGCGGUGCCAGGAGGUUACUCACUAUGGCUGGACUGUUUGACUGCUGGGAGCCACCCAAUGGAGGAGAGCCCCUGUAUUCCUACACAGUAAUCACAGUGGAUGCAUCCAAGGCCAUGAACUGGAUACAUGACCGAAUGCCGGCUAUACUGGACGGAGACGAGGAGAUCCAGAAAUGGCUGGAUUUUGGCGAGGUGCCGGCCAAAGAAGCACUUAAACUCAUUCACCCCAUUGAAAACAUCACCUACCACCCUGUGUCCACCAUAGUGAACAACUCCCGAAACAACACCCCGGAAUGCCUUGUUCCCAUCAUUCUGAAACCCAAAAAGGAGCCCGCGCUCAGCGCCAGCAGUAAAAAGAUGUUGGAAUGGCUGCAGAGUAAAUCUCCAAAAAAAGAGUCCGGAGGGACGCUGACGUCACCGAAACUUUCUCAGCUUGCAGUGUCACCCAAAAAGACCAGCGCGGGGUUAAUGCAUCAGUGGCUGAAGAAAGAAGGGGAGCCUUCUCCGAAGAGAGUGAAGAGAUGA